GUCUGUAAACCGGGAAGGGAAUAGGAGGGGCAACGGGCGAGUAUUGGGGAUGCCACAGGAAUGAUCCGUUAACCCGCAUAGCCCACAUCCGUAUUUAUGGAUUAACUCAUGUAGUAUCUCCUCAUACAUUGGCGCUUAUGCAGUGUAGUCAAUCAUAUUUGUUGUUUUCAUCAUCGUUGAAGUCGCCUAAAUGUUCCUGUUCUUUUCACUCUAUACGCGGAGCACAUGCUGAAGGAUCAGAGAUGUUCUGAAUGAAAGGUGGAUCUGGCAGAUUUCAAUAACAAUGCUGGAGAACUUGACCGGAGAUCACAUUGAUCGACCUGCACUGAGAUCAUCCACAUUCAGCUUCUUUGACCUGUUCACUCUUCCACAUUACCUUCACAUGGAUGGGAGCAGUCAUCCAUUCAGGAGGACUCUGUACCGGUUGAAGUUAGUGAGUUCUCCAAAUCUGAGUCAACUGGGGAAAAAUGAAAAGGCUUCAUUGGAAGAGAGAGGAUCGGGCCCUAAUGCCAUAUGGAACAGCAUUCACAACGCAGUUAUUGCUGUCUUCCAAAAGAAAGGGUUGUCGGACAACGAACUCUUUACACUUAAUGAAGGUGUAAGGCAACUAUUGAAAACAGAGCUGGGCUCAUUUUUCACAGAAUACCUUCAGAAUCAACUACUGACUAAAGGGAUGGUUAUUUUACGGGACAAAAUAAGGUUUUAUGAAGGUCAAAAAUUAUUGGACUCUUUGGCUGAGACUUGGGACUUCUUCUUUUGUGAUGUUCUCAAUAUGCUUCAAGCCAUCUUUCACCCUGUCCAGGGGAAGGAGCCAUCAGUGCGGCAGCUGGCUCUGCUGCACUUUCGAAACACCAUUACCCUUAACGUGAAGCUGGAAGAGGCUCUGUCCAGACCACGAGCUCGUGUCCCCCCCUCCAUUGUCCAGAUGCUUUUGGUGUUACAGGGGGUUCAUGAAUCUAAAGGUGUGAGUGAAGAAUACCUGAAGUUGGAGUCUCUCAUUCAGAAAGUUGUGUCUCCAUACCUGGGCACACUUGGAUUGCGAUCUCAUGAGUGCGGUGCCUCACUUUGCUCCUGUGUUACUGAGAGGCGUUUGCAGUAUUGCUGGUCCAAGUCUGCAGACCUGCCCUCCAGUAACCCGGUAGUACGCUCCAAAAGUUACAACAUCCCCAUGCUGACCCCUGUAGCUGAGUAUGACUCUGAGGUCAGCUCUGUGGGCAGUGUAGGCAUCCGCCGUCACUCUGCUUGCGAUGUCACUUCCUGCUUAGAGCAGCAGGGCUAUUCCGCCCUGUCUGUUGGAAUAGAGACAAACUCAACGCCCCGACUCUCCCUCGAUCAUGACAUCACCUUGUCUGGUGUGAUGCGAGGGGCAACCGGACAGCCCCCUCUCAUUUCACCUUCCGUCUUCAUCCACACUUCUGCAGGGUGUCUUCAUUCAGCAAACCCCCAGAUUGCUUCAUCUGAUGUGGACAAGGCCGUUUCCACGCCUCCUACCUGCUCGUCCAGUCCAGAGACAAUUGUGAUGCAGGGUUUGGAUUCCCUGGAAUCCGAUCCCGAUGGAGUAUUUAUUGACUUUUCUCAUUGUCGCUCUGAUUCGUUUGGAACCAGCAGGAAAACUAGCUGAUGUAUCAACUGCUGUGAAGAAGUCCAGUUCAGUUAAAAGAAAUCAAAUCACAGCACUUUAAGUGAUGAUAAUGAGCUACCACUGUUUUCCACUAAUAUCUGUGAAAUUGUGAAGUAGCUACCAGUAGUAAGUUGUGUAUUUUUAAAACUGGAAUUUCAUUUGAGCUUUGCUCAAAGCCCAGGGCUCUUUUAUGGACAUAACACAAAUGGGAAAGGACUCGAUUUGAAGAUAAUGGGAUUGUUUUCAUAAUGUUCCAAACCUGUGGAUGUAUUUUUGAAGUUUUUUUACAUAGUUUUUCAUAGGAAAUUGUGAAAAUAGCAAUGGGCUCCCUUUUAUUUAAUACACAUUUGUACCAUCUCUCAUUUUAUGUUUAGGUGAGCUAUAACGUGUUAUGAGAUGACAGUAGCACCUGUAGAAAUCAAUUUUAUUAUUGUCACUCAUAAACUCAUGCACUUUUAUUGUCAUAGGGCUUUAAAAAUGUGUUGCAUUUAGUGCUUUCUAAAAUAUUGCCAACUUAACCUGCACUCCUCAUGGUAUGAAAUGAAAAUAUGACAUGGUCUAUUAAUUUGUGACAAUUAGCUACUGCUAAUGACACAUUUUUUUUGUGCAGAAUAUUGUACAUCCUGAACAUGCUAUGUUUGUUUGUGCAGCUUGUUGCUUUUUGAAUGUGAUAGAAAUGAGCUGCCAGAGAGUUAACCGUGUUUGCUAAUUGAAGCUAAGAUUGUUAUGAUAUAUACCCAUAUUUAGUGACUGUAGUUUGAAAAAUAGUAUAGAUACAGAAAGAAGAUUUAAGAUGUGAUUUAUUUUCUUCUGCAGAACACAAAUUAAGAUUUUUAGAAGAAUAUCUAAGCUCUGGUGGUCCUCACAAAGUGAAUGGUGGCCAAAACAUAAAAGAAAUCCAUAAGACUCCAGUGUUUUAAACAAUGUCUUCAGAAGCAAUAUGAUAGGUGUGACUGAGAAAAAAAUAAAUAUUUAAGUCCUUUUUAACUAGGAAUUGUCCUCCCUGCCCAGUAGGUGGCGAUAUCCAACAGAAUAUCAAUUGCCAAAAGCAAAAGAAGAAAGUGAAAAUGGAGAUUUAUAGUAAAAUAAGGACUUAAAUAUUGAUCUGUUUCUCACCCAUGUCUAUCAAAUCUCUUCUGAAGACAUUGAUUUAACCACUGGAGUCUUAUGGAUUGCUUUUAUGCUGCCUUUAUAUGCCUUUUGGUGCUUCAAAGUUUUGGUCGGCAUUUACUUGCAUUGUAUGGACCUACAGAGCUGAAAUAUAAAAUCUAAAAAUCUUAAUUUGUGUUCUGCAGAAAAACGAAAGUCAUACACAUCUGUGAUGGCAUGAGAGUGAGUAAAAGAUAAGAGAAUAUUCAUUUUUGGGAGAACUAUCCCUUUAAGAAAAUGUAUUUAAUAGUAAUCUGAUGAUUUAGGGUGAGAUUCUAUUUGAAAUUUAACAAUUGAUCAAUUUAACAAUGUUCUCCACAAUUGUUGCAACUAUGUUGGCUUUAAGAAGCCAUUUUAUAUUAGGGUGGUUUUUAUACAAAAAUCUAAAUUUAUUUAAUCAAUUUUAUUAAAAAAAAAACUUGCAAAAAAGGUUUAGAACCGUAAUAACCAGAUAAUGAUAAGGUGGAAACAUUUUCUGGUACUGCUUGAUCUGGUACUGCCUUAUUUCUUUAGGAGGAUACAACUAAGAGUUCAUUUAAUAGGUCAAAACCAUUGAACAUAACUGUAUAUUUUACAAGGCCAGAAUAUGUAGUUCAUUAAAAAGGGAUGCAUUAGAUCCAUUGUAUCAAAUUGUACAGGUACUUUAGGAAGUUUUUUAUUAUGUCUUUUGUUUCUUAUUUCUAUGUAUGGAAGCUUUUUUACCUUAGUUAUAAAGCUGAACAGUUUCUCUGUAGUUUUAUAGAAAGAAUUGCAGCAUCUCUUGCAUAGAUUUUUACACAAGCAACAUUUUUAGACAUGUAUAAUAGGUUUACAGUGGUACUCUUUAAUAACUUGCACUGUCAUUUUUUAAGUCUGUGCUAUGUUUCAUACUGAAUUUGUUAGCUUUCAUGUGUGCUGCUGUGAACAACCUCAACAAGACCGAAUUUGUAGUAAAAUACUUGUAUGCUUCGUGUGUGUGUGUGUAUGUGUGUGUGUGUGUGUGU